CAAAUCAUCAUCAUCACAAUUAUUAGACAAACACAUAUAUAUAUACUCACACUAACCCACAACCAAUUACUUGAAAAUCCAACCAAAGAUGUCUAGCACUCAGUAUACAGCAGGCCAAUCCCAUGGACAAACUCAGGCAAAGGCAGAGCAAUGGGCAGAGUCAGCAAAGGGGACGGCGAACUCCGCCGUGGACAAGGCGGAGAGUGCGACCCAGAACGCGCAACAGUCUGCCCAGCAGAGGCGGGCGGAGGAAGGGGAGACCGGCUUUCUCCAGCAGACCGGCGAGCAGAUGAUCAGUAUGGCUCAGGGCGCCAUCGACGGCGUCAAGAACACCCUGGGCAUGGGCGGUGACCAGAAGAAAUGAAUCUAUAUGCCAUUGCCGCAAAGCCCAUCUCAAUAAUUUAAUUAACUUAUUAAUUACUUCUUAGGGCUGCUAAUAAUCGUCAUUAUAUACUAAUGAUCUCUCUUGGAGCUGUUCUAAAUUAGAUUUGUACUUUUUUAAAAAAAUUGUGAUCUCCCAGGUGAGAGGGUUGGGAAUGUGUCAUCAGAUUUGCAAUAAAUUCAAUUUCUUUGU